AUGAGUUCUCCUCCUACUCAGAACCUACCCCAUUAUCAAUUUGAACCCCAUCAUCCCCCGGGCCGAUUCCCUCUUCCCUAUACCCCGAACCCCUCUACUAGCCUCCCACUACCCCCAGACCGGUCAGCCCUAGUCCGAGAUAUCAUUUCCCUUUACGCUGGAAACCCUAGUGAAUCCGCGAUGCGGCAUUAUCACGAAAACAGCAUCUACGACGAUCCGUUCAGCUUCUGUGACACGCGGUACAAAAUUGCCGGGCAAUGGCAAGAAUACACGUUUAAGCUGGUGAAUAUCACAAAGGUGGUCGACUCUCUGAUUACGUUGAAGUUGGAUCCGGAUGAGGAGAAACCCAUGAUAAGAUAUCAUAAGGACCAAUGGGACGAGAAGGAUUAUGACCAUGAAGAGUUGGGGCAUGUUUUCAAGGAGCUGAAUGGAAAUCAUCUACCAAAAGUAACAGUACCACCAGAGAGUUUGAAAGGCUCUGGGGAUGCUUAG